UUUGGAUUCUUGCCAUGGAGAGAAGUUAGUCGAAAAAGGAGAACAGAGAAGCUUUUGAUCUCUUAACAUGGUUGACUUACACCGAACGAGAAAGAGAGAGAAAUGGAUGACAGACGGAUCGAAGAUCACUCGGUGCAUCAGCGGGAGAAACGUUCCAGGUGCAAGAAGUCAAAACGAAGAAGAUAUCGCAAGCGAAUCGCUAGAGAAAAAGCGAGUAGAGAGCUCGAGGAAGACGAAGGGAUGAUUGAGGAAGAAGCAUCGACGUGUCUAUAAAGCCGAAAUGAAGAGGCGAUAAGCGACAGCCAAAAAAAGAGAUGAUGAAUCGGGAAAAAAAGAGGAGAAACGAAGAGACCAGAGCAUAUUGAAUAUAGGGUGUUAAAUCCAUCGGUUUCCUGAACAAACUGCAGAAGUAAGAAGAUGCUGAAGCAAUGUGGCCGCAGGGAAUGUGAUGAAACCCGGAAGAUCAAAGGCACUGUUGUUUUGAUGAAAAAGAAUAAACUGGAUGUCACUGACUUAGCUGCAUUGGUUAGUGAUGAUGUUGAUGAGUUGUUUCACAAGCAUGUCUCUCUGCAACUUGUUAGUGCUGAAAACAGUGACCCUGCUAAUGGAUUUCAAGGAAAACUUGGAAAAAAAGCUUUCUUGGAAAAUUGGAUCACAAAAUUCACUCCUUUAACUAAUCGCGAGACUGCAUAUCAUGUCACCUUCGACUGGGACGAAGAGGCUGGAACUCCAGGAGCGUUUCUGGUACACAAUGGUCAUAACAAUGAAUUCUUUCUCAAAACACUUACUCUUGAAGAUGUUCCCGGUCAAGGUCGACUACAUUUUGUCUGCAAUUCGUGGGUUUAUCCCUCAAAUGAUCAAGAGAAAUACCGUAUUUUCUUUGUUAAUAAGACAUAUCUCCCAAAUCAGACUCCAUUACCAUUAUGCAAGUAUAGAGAAGAAGAGUUAAUGAACUUAAGAGGAGAUGGAAAAAGAGAGCUCAAGGAAAGGGAUAGAGUAUAUGAUUAUGCUUAUUAUAAUGAUUUAGGUGAACCUACAAAAGAACCUCGGCCUGUCCUUGGUGGUUCAUCUGAGUACCCUUACCCUCGGAGGGGAAGAACAAGUCGACCACCAACUAAGGAAGAUCCCAAGAGCGAGAGCAGACUUCCACUUCUCAAGAGUUUAGACGUUUAUGUCCCAAGGGAUGAAAGAUUUAGUCAUUUGAAAAUGUCUGAUUUUCUUGCUUAUGGAAUUAAAUCCUUAAUCCAGGUUCUUAGACACGAUUUCAAAGCAUUAUUAGGUAGUACUGACAAGGAGUUCGACUCCCUUGAAGAUACCAUGAAAGUAUACCAAGAAGCCAAUAUGGCGUGCAGUAGCCCUUUACUUGAAAAGAUCAAGAAAAACAUUCCAUUUGAGAUGCUGAGGGAAAUUUUCCGGUCAGACGGUGAAAGACACUUCAACUUUCCAGUGCCUCAAGUGAUCAAAGAUGAUAAGUCUGCCUGGAGAACUGAUGAAGAAUUUGCAAGAGAAAUGCUAGCUGGAUUACACCCUGUUGUUAUUCAUCUUCUUCAGGAAUUUCCACCAUCAAGCAACUUAGAACCUAAAGUAUACGGCAAUCAAAAUAGUUCGAUUAACAGAAGUCAUGUUGAGAAGAACCUCGAUAAGCUCAGUGUAGAUGAGGCACUGAAGCAUAACAGACUAUUCAUAUUAGAUUAUCAUGAUGUUUUGAUGCCAUACUUGAGGAAAAUAAAUGAUACUACCUCCACAAAGACAUACGCAUCUAGGACGCUCCUUUUCUUGAAGGAUGAUGGGACUUUAACGCCACUCGCUAUCGAAUUAAGCUUGCCUCAUCCUGGAAAAGAUCAACUUGGUUGCGUUAGCAACGUAUACACGCCAGCUCAAGAUGGUAUUGAAGGUUCUUUUUGGCAACUAGCAAAAGCUUAUGUUGCUGUAAAUGAUUCUGGCUAUCACCAACUCAUCAGUCAUUGGUUGAACUCUCAUGCAGCAAUAGAGCCAUUUGUUAUUGCAACAAAUAGGCAGUUGAGUGUGCUUCACCCAAUCCACAGGCUCCUUCAUCCUCAUUUUCGUGACACAAUGUUUAUCAAUGCAUUUGCUCGUCAAAUUCUCCUUAAUGGUGGUGGAUUAUUUGAAGCUACAGUUUUCCCAUCGAAGUAUGCCUUAGAAAUGUCAUCUUUUAUGUAUAAAAAAUGGAUUUUCACCGAGCAAGCACUACCUGAAGAUCUCAAGAAAAGAGGAAUGGCUUUCGAUGAUCCAAAUUCACCACAUGGCCUGCGUCUACUAAUAGAAGACUAUCCAUAUGCUGUUGAUGGACUUGAAAUCUGGUCAGCUAUUAAAACAUGGGUCAGCGACUAUUGUAACUUUUACUACAAGAGUGAUGACAUAGUUGCAGCAGACAGUGAACUCCAGUCCUGGUGGAAAGAAGUCCGAGAGGAAGGUCAUGGUGACAAGAAGGAUGAACCCUGGUGGCCUAAGUUGCAUACUUGUAAUGAGUUAAUAGAAACAUGUACCAUUAUCAUAUGGGUGGCUUCUGCAUUUCAUGCGGCUUUAAACUUUGGACAGUACCCUUAUGCAGGUUAUCUUCCUAACCGUCCAACCAUUAGUCGUAGAUUCAUGCCAGAAAAGGGCACUCCUGAAUUUGAUGAGCUUGUGUCUAAGCCAGAAAAAGUUUUCUUGAAAACAAUUACUGCCCAAUUACAAACCCUUAUUGGCAUUUCUCUAAUCGAGAUCCUGUCGAGACAUUCAACAGAUGAAGUUUAUCUUGGAAAAAGAGACACGCCUGAAUGGACAUCAGACAAAGAACCACUGGAAGCAUUUAAGAAGUUUGGAGAUAAACUAGCAGAGGUUGAAGAAAAAAUUAUAAAACUGAACAAUGAUAAGAAGUUGAAGAAUCGUGUUGGUCCUGUCAACAUGCCGUACACUUUAUUAUAUCCUACAGGCGAAACUGGACUUAGCGGUAGAGGAAUUCCAAAUAGUAUCUCGAUCUAAUAUUUUUUUUUUGUUGGUGUAGAAUAUCGCUUACAGAUUAUUUUUUCAUACAUAUAUCUUUUAAAU